AGAUUUUCUAGUAAUGAAAUUUCCACGAAAGAAGCAACUACACCGAAAUCAAAGAAGCCCACUUCGAAGACGCCCACACAAGAACCAACCGAAUCUGUGCCUGAUAUGAAGGAGUUAGAAUCCAACAAUUCUGCUAAAAAAGGUGGAUUUAAAAGGUUGGGAAAGACCUUGUUUGGUAUAACACUCUUGGCUGGCUUAUCUUAUGGUGGUGCCGUAUAUUAUUCUUUAAAAAAUGAAGAUUUUCGAUCUUUAUUUACAAAAACUGUAUAUGGAGCGGAAGAGGCCGUAGAAUAUGUGGAAGAUAUCCAUAAGCAAGGAACUUUUAACCAAAUUGAAAAUGGCAUAAUAAAAUGGCGCGACUAUGCUUAUGAAAAAAUUCCAGGAAUCAAAUCAUCUACACCAUCCGAAAAUCCUUCGACUUCUGAAGAGUCAGUGGACAUAGUUUCCGUGGCGUCACCACCUAAGGAAACUUCCAUGACACAGAUUAAUAAGGAAGAAAAGGUCUCCAAAGGACUUAUAUCCACCGAAGAAACCAUCGUUAGUAAACUUGCAUAUACUCUUAACGAAUUAGAUGCUAUUCUGAGAAAUUAUGAUGUAAAAGAUGAGGGUGAAAGUAUUUUAAAAAAGGCUAGAGAAGAGUUAAAUGAACUUAACAACCGUGUUGAAGUUCUCAAAAUUGAAGCACAAAAUGCACCGGAAAAAAGCACAUCUGAACUAACAAAGAAAUUUAAUGAGACGCUAGCCAACUACGAGAAAAACGUGGAUGAUUAUAUUAUGAAGAAAGAAGCUUCCAUGAAUCAAAAAUUUAAGCAAGAAAAACAACAGGUUUACGAAGAAUACUAUGAGAAACUCAAUGCUCAACUUAAAAAACAAGCUGAAGAAUAUGAUAAAGAAUUGAAAAAUGAACUUGUUCGACAAGCUGUUCAAUUGCAGCGUAGAUGGAUCGGAGAAGUCAGGUCAUUGGUUGAACGAGAACGUGGUGGACGACUAGGGAGACUUGACGCUAUUAACCAUCGUCUCAAAGUGCUUGAACGUCUGAGU